AUGGCUUUCCCCGAUAAUGCUCACGUUCCAGUCAGUGAUUUAGUGCUUACUAGUGAUACUGCAAUCAAAAACAGGUCAAAACUUGCUGAGUAUUAUAGUAUAAUAAAAAAACUCGGAGAUAUUUGUUCUAAUAAUCAUAAUCUUGAUUCAAUUGUAUCGUCACAACUUUUUGUAAGAAAGCAAUUACUUCUGGCAGCUGGUUUCAUGAUUUUGCAAUUAUUUACAACAACAUUGGAAAAAACAACACCGCAAACAACAACACUGGAAACAAAAGCACCGGAAACAAAAACACCAGAAGCAACAACACUGAAAACAAAAACACUGGAAACAACGACACCAGAAACAGCAGCAUUGAAAACAACAACACAAAAAAUAACAAAACUGGAAACAAAAAUACCGGAAAAAACAACACCGGAAACAACAACCUUCGAAACAAAAACAGCGGAAAAAACAACACUGGAAACAACAGCAGUGAAAACUACAACACAAAAAAUAACAACACUAGAAACAAAAACACUGGAAACAACAACACCGGAAACAGCAACGCUGAAAACAAAAACAAUGAAAAUAACAACACCAAAAAUAGCAACACUGGAAACAACAACACUGGAAACAAAAGCACAGGAAACAAAAACAUCGGAAAAACAACACGGGCGACAACAGCACUGGAAACAACAACAACAAAAAUAA